GUACUUUCAAGAGCGCCUUACGAAACUUGGUAAUAGCAGACCUUCGAGUGCUGUCUCUUUAGCCGGUUGGCCUGCGCCAUAUUACAAAUUAAAAUGUUUAGUGGAUUUUGGGACACAUCCAAGAAGUCUCCUUUUGGUGGAGCUGUGUGCACUACACUCAAGGCAGAAAAUGAAGCCAAAAGUAGCAGACAACUUGUCAGUGGACGCAACAUUGCAGCUGCUGCAACUCCAGAUGAGGUUGAGUUUGGUUCAACCAAAUAUUUCGUUUUGUGUGGCUUUGGAGGUCUCCUGAGUUGCGGUGUCACUCACACCGGCAUUGUACCCUUGGAUCUUGUUAAGUGCCGCAUUCAGGUCGAUCCUGCCAAGUACAAAGGCAUCUUCAAUGGCUUCAAGGUGACAAUCGCCGAAGACGGCGCCCGAGGCUUGGCCAAAGGAUGGGCGCCCACUCUGAUUGGCUACUCCAUGCAAGGCGUCUGCAAGUUUGGCUUCUAUGAAGUCUUCAAGAACAUGUACGCCAACAUUCUUGGUGAAGAGAAUGCUUACAUCUACAGAACUUCCCUUUACCUGGCUGCGUCCGCUUCAGCCGAGUUCUUUGCUGAUAUUGCCUUGUCACCCAUGGAGGCUGUUAAGGUGCGCAUCCAAACUAAGCCUGGCUUCGUGAGCACUCUCCGCGCUGGGGCUCCCAUCAUCUACAGGGAGGAGGGUCUGUGGGGCUUCUACAAAGGCCUUGUGCCUUUGUGGUGCCGGCAGAUCCCCUACACGAUGAUGAAGUUUGCCUGCUUCGAGAAGACCGUCGAGCUCCUUUACCGCUACGUGGUGCCUAAGCCAAGAGACGACUGCACCAAGGGCGAGCAGUUGGUCGUGACCUUUGCUGCAGGUUACAUCGCCGGUGUCUUCUGUGCCAUCGUGUCGCAUCCUGCCGAUACCAUCGUCUCGAAACUGAACCAGGCUAAGGGAUCUUCUGCUGUGGGUGUUGCCAAGCAGCUUGGAUUCAUGGGACUGUGGAAGGGACUGUUCGCGCGUAUCAUCAUGAUCGGUACGCUGACGGCAGCACAAUGGUUCAUCUAUGACGCCGUCAAAGUGGCUCUUCACCUGCCUCGACCCCCGCCACCCGUGAUGCCGGAGUCACUUAGGUUAAAACUUGAAGCUAAGCAGGCUUAAGUAUUUUCAGCAGCAGGCUGACUGGUUUCGGACUGUCCAGCUUAUUAGCGGCGGGUAGUCCAAAUGAGAUAAUUUCCGAUUAAUUAAUAUCGCUUUCUUUUCUUUUAUCCGUGAAACAUUUUUUUCUUACAAGUGGGAACGUCUUACAACCCUGCUGAAAAUUUACCCUCGAGAAACCUACUUUCAGGGUAUAUUCCGCUCACGCAAAUUACUACAGAUUGGUCGCAUGUUUAAGUUCUGCAUUCACAACAAUACUUCAUGCAAGAAAAAUAACUUUAAUUUUCCUUCCGGCUAAAGUAUAGUUUCAGAUGAUAUUUCGCUGGAAACCAUUAAUACUGAGAAUUCAGUUCAUUAUCGUAUUUACUAUGACUUACCCUCAACCGGUUCUUGCAGCGACCAUUUUCAUGUUUACAAAUUAUUUUUUAUCAGUAAUUUUUUAGUAUCCCAAUGCAAUGCCUUCAUUUUGUACAUAAACAACAAUCGCCCUGUGUAAAUUUCAGAGUUUCGCUCAUGAAACAGAAUUUAUGGAUACUACCUAUCGAAUAAAAAAUCAAUUAUUA